GUUUCUUCAUUCAGAAUGGUGGCCCUAUCGAUUGUUCUGCCAACAACUGGCCCCUCAGAGGUGGGAAGUUCACGAUCUGGGAAGGGGGUACGAGGGGGGCAUCCUUCAUGUAUGGUGCUGGGCUCCAGAAGACAAGGACGACAUACGAUGGGAUGAUCCACGCUGUCGACUGGAAACCGACUUUAGUCUCUGCUGCUGGUGGAACGCCAGAAACUACCAUUGAUGGAAUGAGUCACUGGGAUUCUAUUCGAAACGGCCUACCGUCUAAAAGGACAGAGUUCAUUUACAACAUUGACGACUUUGAAGUUCCAGUCGAAGGGCAUGCUGGAAUAAGAGUAGGUGACUACAAGCUGAUCCUGGGGUACCCUGGAGGUCCCGAUGGCUGGCACAGACCCAUGAACAGAACCCAGGAUGACAAGUAUGAAAAGACAGUUUACACCAAAGGGGAUCAACCAAUCCACCUCUUCAACAUUCGAGAGGAUCCUACUGAGCACAACGACCUUGCACAGCAGAUGCCGGACAUGGUGGCGAAGUUGCGAUCCCGGUUUGAGGACUACAAGAAGACGAUGGUGCCAGCCAAUUACCCCAAAACGGAUCCUGCAUCUGAUCCCAGAAAAUAUGGAGACGCUUGGAGCCCCGGGUGGUGCUAAUCAUAUGUACUUGUGUCAAUACAUCUACAUGCUGACCAUUCCAUAA